CUCUGAGAUUUAACUCUCAAACACAAACACUAUCAUGGCUCUCACUUUCCAAUUUCAACAAUAUGCAUUCAUCCCUGCUUUCUUGUUCUCUCUCUCUGUUUUCUUCUCCAUUUUUCUGGCCACUCCUUCAUCUUGCUCCAUCAUUCCUAGAAAGUUCCUUAAUGCAUCUUCUUACUCUCCUUCUGGUUCAGACUGGUCUCCGGCCGAGGCCACUUGGUAUGGCAGCCCCACCGGCGCCGGAAGUGAUGGGGGUGCAUGUGGAUAUGGUGGUGCUGUGGAGCAGCCUCCAUUUUCUUCGAUGAUAUCAGCUGGAGGGCCUUCUCUGUAUGAAUCAGGCAAAGGCUGUGGAGCUUGUUAUGAGGUGAAGUGCACUGAGAAUUCAGCGUGCUCCGGCAGCCCGGUGGAGGUGGUGAUCACCGACGAGUGCCCUGGCUGCGGCGGAGCCGACAAAGUUCACUUCGAUUUGAGCGGCACGGCCUUCGGCGCCAUGGCUGUUUCCGGUCAGGCUCAGAAGUUACGCGAUGCUGGGAUUUUGCAGAUUCAACACCGAAGAGUUAAAUGCAACUAUCGUGGCACGUCACUGGCCUUCCACGUGGACUCGGGUUCGAACGCCAACUACUUCGCAUGCUUGAUAGAGUACGAGGACGGAGACGGAGACCUAGCCAAGGUGGAACUCAAGGAGGCAACAGAUUCUGCCACGUGGAAGCCGAUGCAACAGUCGUGGGGUGCCGUCUGGAAGCUCGACGCCGGCGGGCCACUCAAACCCCCCUUCUCUCUGCGGCUCACCACCGUCGAGUCCGGCCGCACUCUGGUGCUCAAUAACGUCAUCCCCGCCGGUUGGACCCCUGGUCAGACUUACCGAUCAUCGGUCAAUUUUCAGACUUAACUAAUCAUCAAUUUAAAAAAUUGCAUGUGAAGUGGUGUGAUAUAAGAAAUGAGAGAGAAUAUUCUUUCAUUUCGAUCCACCUACCUUUUUUUUUUUUUGUCUCAGAGUACCUAAAGUCAGAUAACGUCGGUGGUUUUUGUGAGCUAGGGUUGUACUUAUAUGUAUUUCUAGCUAUAGCUGGGAAACCUUUUGAUUCUAUGGUGAAGAAGGUGAUCAUGAAGUGCUGGUAUUAUUAUAUUAUGUACUGGUCUUUAAUCGAAUUGUCUUCUUAUAUAAAAUUAUUAAUGAAGUGUGAUAGUUGAUUGUCUA